AUGGCCCGAACAGAGCGGAGCUUUACCGUCGUGGUAGCAGACCACGAGUCCAAAGAAAACAAGCAUCAGCCCGAGGGCAAGACCGGGGAAGCUUGGCGCUCGCGGCGCGUGCUAAAGAACGCAGCGCAGAUUGCGCUGGAGGGUCCGACCGAUCGCAAUAAUCGCAACGGGGCGCUAACCGGUAGUUAA